UAAAUAACCCUUUUGAGCACUAAAAAAACCCAACAAUGGAAGUCCACUGCACGUUUGAUUCAACAAAAGACUACAUCUGCACUGUCACCAACUGUCAAAUCUCCAAUGGCGUUCAAUUGAAAUUUUCCGGAGACCAUAACGAUCCAAAAACUGACGACGAUGUUGUUGGAAUCAAAUUUGUCGACUGCUACAUCACAAAAGUUCCGCAAGGACUCACCAAAAGGUUCCCAAAUUUAAAUUCGCUGACAAUCAACAAAACGAACUUGAAAUCAUUGACAAAAUUUGACUUGGCUGAGUACAAAAAUUUCAAGGAAUUUGACUUUAGCAACAACCAAAUUGAGUUCCUGCCUGGCGACUUGUUUGAAGGUUUUAAAAAUUGCGAAAAGAUUUCAUUCAAUGGCAAUAAAUUGACACUUGUUGAGCCAAACAUUCUGGAUGGAUUGACAAACUUGAAAGUUGUUAAUUUGAUUGGAGAGACUGCAUACGGGUCACUUAACUUGCCUGCAGCUGCAUCCAACUGGGAUCCUAAUUUAAAGGACAUUAAGUUGGCAAUUUUGAACAAUUUGAUGGAAAAUGACGAUCAAAUCGUUAAAGAUUACAUCAUAAAUUUACAGUUGAAGAUUCAGACGAUCAAGCAGAUUGACAGGCACGAAAUUGAUGAACUUACUGAAAAAAAUCAAAGUUUGGAGCAAGCCAACAACAUCCUCAAAUGUGGAAAUCGACUUUUGAGUGAAUCAAAAGAGAAUUUACUGAAAGAAGUUGAACAGUUAAAGGCAAACGUUGAGCAAUUGACAGUCACUGAAGAGAUUCUCAGACAAAAAAUUAAGGACCUUAAACAGGAACUAGUCGAAUCAAAUGAAUGCAGUGAGACUGUCAAAAAAUUGUGUGAAGUUGUCGAACAAGAAUUUGAGGAUUAUAAGAAAAAUAUUCAUGAUAAAUCAGACACCGAUGAUUAUUUCAGCACUAGCAUCAAAUCAUUUAUCCAAAAAGAUGAAAUCUUUAAGGACUUCCGCGUUCAAAUCUCUGACCAAGAAUUUGCUGUCCAUAAAAUUUUGCUUGCUGCUCGUAGUCCAACUCUGGCUGAGGUUUUGAGAAAAAAUUCGGAUGUCCAAAACCUUAAUUUAGUCGACAUUUCUGUGGAAAUUUUUGAGAAAAUUUUGAAAUUUCUUUACAAUGAUGAACUUCCAGGCGCCGACUGGACAGACUUUUUGGGACUUUUUUCAGCUGCAGGACGAUUACAAAUUCAGGAGUUGAAGGAUUAUGCAGCACAAAAGGUGAUUAAGAUUGUUGGAUCAGAAAAUGCAUUGGAAGUCCUUAACUUGAGCAACAAAUACGAACAUGAUGGAUUGAUGCAAAAAGCAUUUCAAGAAAUUAAGAAGAAAUAUCCAGAAAGUAAAUUUAAGGACGAGUUGAUAAGCAGUCGUGAGAAGGUUGAGAAGUUUAUUGAGUUUUUGAAGAAAAUUGAGGAAGCUGAGAAGGGCAUUGAGAGCUUUGCAUGAGCUGAAUGGUUGAGUUUGAGGUUAAGUCAAGGGGAACACAGCUUGAUGGGAAAAAGUUUUGAUGAAAAAUUGCAAACAAUUUCGUAAUAAAAAUGCUCAGACAUUUUAAAUAGAUUUUUUUUUUCAAUAUGCUGUUUUCCCCCUUUGGAUUAAUCAUUAAGUAUUCAAACGAGCUCUGAAUUCGCAUUAAAUUCAGAAAAUAAAAUUAUUUUAACAUUUUUCCUUUUUUAAAAAAUUAUUUAAUUUUUUUUUGUAUUAUUUUAGUAUUUUCAAUAAUAGUUGGACCUAAU